AUGAAUAUUACACAGACAUACAAGGUAGUCUGCAGCCUGGUUGUACUCGUGGGAGCUACGCUCCGGAGCUCGGGCAAUUGUGCAAACCCAAAUGGCAUUAAGAAUCCCAAUUCAUCUGGGGGUGUUCGCCAAGCAGCUAGUGAAGAUUCUGGAAACCGACAGCAGGCAGUACGCUCUUCGCACUAUAGCUUUGAAGGAUAUUCUGAGAAUGCAACUAAAAUAUCUAUAUCUAGCCAAGGUAUUAGAUUUAUUGGCAGGAAUAUUAAGAGACUAGUGAAACUAGAGAGGCUGGAUCUCAGUAGAAACAAACUCGAGACACUACCACCUGAGAUAGGAGAAUUGAAGAAUCUAAAAAUAUUGUGUCUACAUGGCAACAAGUUAAAGUCAUUACCAGACUCUAUAGGAGAGCUGGAGAAUCUACAGUACUUGGAUCUUAGUGGUAACAAACUUGAAUCAUUACCAGCUGAGAUGAAAAAACUAACUAAUCUCCAGUACCUGGAUCUUAGUAAUAAUAAGUUUGAGACACUGCCGCCUGAUAUGGGGAAGUGGAAGAGUCUACGAAACCUGUAUCUGAAUAAUAACAAAUUUAAAUCACUACCACCUGAGAUAGGAGAGCUGGAGAAUUUACAGGAACUGGAUCUCCAUGGUAACGAAAUUGAAGCAUUGCCGGACACUACAAGAAAGUUAUCAGGUUCACUGAAGUUUCUGGAUUUAAGAGACAAUAGCAUUUCAGAGGAGGGAGAAAGGGGAAGUACUCUGGGUAGGAGGGAGCUGAGAGAUAUAUUUAAGGCCUGUGUCAAGUUUGAUGGGGAUGUCUUACAAGGACCACAGUGA